CACACUUCUUCUCUCCAUUAAGCAGCUCUCUCUCCUUCUCACCACCACAGAAGGCAGACCAAAGAACAUGGAAACACACGACGACGAGAUCGACAAUCACGACACCACCGCUUCCUGCACCUCCGCCACAACCUGGACCGUCGCAGGCGGUUCCCUCGAGAAUUGCGUCUCAUUCGAGUCCUCUUUGUCUCCGAUCGAUGACGAGACUCCGAAAUCCACCCCUGCGUCCUCUCUUAUCCUGCACCCUCCAUCACCCGAUUCGGGCCCUUGCGAGAUCACCGUUAAUUUUACACAAAAACAUGAGGUCCAGCAGGUUUAUGUUCGAAGUACUGCCCGAGUCUAUGAGAUAUACUAUGCACCUGAUAUGCAGAGUGGCAAUGAAUAUCUCUGCACUGUUCGCUGUGGCAUUGCUGCCCGAGAUGAAGACAUGCUUCACACAGGUGAUAAUGAAGGUGUUCGUUCUGCAAAUUCAAAUGGGUCAAAUGGGUCGCUGAAGGACCCAUCCGAAGAUAAGUCAAGAAAUGGAAAUAGUCUGAACAACAGUGAAGAUGACUGGGUUGAAGUGAAAGUCUCAGAGACUAAUAUGCUUGAUAACAAAGUCAAUUCGUCGCAAUUGAAGUUGCAAUCUGCACAGGAAUUUUAUGAAGCUACAGCACAGAUUAGUGAUGCAAGUCCUUGUGUAUCCCUCACACUUCGUCUACUGUCACUUGAGAGGAAGAUUGCGUAUGUGUUGGUGAGGUGUAUGUGUUUGCUGAUCCAGUUGAUACAUCUGAUUCAGAAAACCAAGUUAGUACUGUGGAAAAUUCGGCUGGGAGUUCUCUCAUGGCCAUGCUUGUGCCUACUCUUUUACAAUUUUCUAAAACAAGGGGUGCUAACCGAACACAAGACAAGCCAAUUUCUGAUACAUGGGGAAAACAGAACUCUCUAGUGAUUGGGUCAAAAGAAACUGAUUCUAUCAGUGUGGCAACUAAGAUUCAGGAGCAAGCAAAAGCCAGCAUACCUGAUCACCAAGAAGUAAAGGUUCCAGAUGUUAAUAGGGCUACUACAAGUACUGCUCAGUUAUGUAUCCCGUCACAAGUUGAAAGCUCUGUCCACCAGCUGUAUUCUCGAAUGGGCAGAAUAGAGGAUCUAUUUUUGAGGUUUGAAGAAAAGAUGCUAAAACCAAUGAGCAGCAUUGAGGCAAGGCUUGAAAGGGUAGAGCAGCAACUUGAAGUAUUGGUAAACAAAUCACAUAAUUCUGGAUUGCCAACAUGCUCAAGAUUCUAUGCUUCUUCUUUCUCAUGCAAUGAGUCUGAGUCUAACUCUUUCUAUAAUAAUGGAAAUGAUUAUCCCCGUAGUGAGGCAUUUGAAUCAGGUAAGAAGGACAUUCAAUCAGAUGCACCCCUGACUAUACCUAAUGACAUGUCUGCUUCAGUAUAUUCUACUCAUUUGCUUCCAAGUCUGGUAGUAACUGCUCCUGAAUUUUCAAAUGGUGAUGACGACGACGAGGAGGACGAAGAAGAUCAUACA